UUCAUUCAUAAGAUUCAUUCCCAUUCUAUCUUAUAUCUCUAACUUUCUUCAAACAUGGAUGCUCUCAAAGUUAUCUUCCUCUUAGCUCUCCUUGCCCCUUUCUCUUAUGCAACAUUAGUUGUUGAUUAUUGUGUUGCGGAUUUAAAUCAUCCAGUUGGUCCAGCAGGAUACCCUUGUAAAAAUCCUGCUAGCCUUACAGCAGAUGACUUUGUUUUCUCUGGUUUGCGUGAUCCAAGUAACAUAACUAACACACUUAAUGAGCUUUUUAAUAUUGAUUCCUCUUUUGCUUUGGAUGUAACAUUCCCAGCCUUGAAUGGUCUAGGCCUUUCCAUGGGACGUCUAGACUUUGGUGUUGGUGGAGCCGUCCCAAUUCAUUCACACAGAGUGUCAGAACUUAUCCUUGUAUCCGAGGGAACAAUAGUUGCUGGUUUUAUAGACACAAAUGGCACGCCAUUCUACAAAACAUUACAUAAGGGGGAUAUUAUGAUCAUUCCACCUACAUUACUUCAUUUCCAAGUUAAUGUCGGAAAAAUUCCUGCUCUUGUGUUUGUAACCUUAAACAGCCCGAAUCCAGGCUUCGAAAUCACUACUCCUUCUCUAGGUGCAAAUGACCUUCCUUCUGAAUUAGUUAAGAAGGUGACUUUGUUGGAUGCUAUACAGGUGAAGAAGUUGAAGAAAAUUUUUGGUGGCACUAACUAAUACUCCGAUCCUACUACGUGCAUGGUAUUUCAGCUACCUUAGUCCUGCCGUCAACUUCUUAUAUCGUGUGAACCUUUUAUUUUAAUUAUAAAUCAUUUUUUUUCAUGUACGUAAUAAUUAUUUCCGUUUCUUAAUAAGAAUUCAUUGUGUGUAAUAGUAUACAUGAAUAAUUCAAUCACCAGA